GCCGCUUCUGGUCACCGUCCACAACCAGACCAUCAGCCUGCCGAACGACAGCGUUACCCUGCAGGCCGAGGUCCGGCCGCCGCCGCCAGCAGACACGCAGUACCGGUACGAGUGGCAGCUGCUGCCGCCCGAUGGCGACGCGGCGGCCGCCUCCGACGAGGCGAGCAUGAGCGACGCGGCGCACCGGCAGCUGCACCUGGACGGCCUCAGCCGCGGCGUGUACGUGUUCCGGCUGCGCGUGUGGGGGCCGCACGCGUACGGCGAGACCUUCGCCAACGUGACCGUGUUACCGGCGCCCCGCGCCAAUCGUCCGCCGGUGGCGGUCGUCUCGCCCGCCAACCAGACGCUGCAGCUGCCCAACACCAAGGCUCUGCUGGACGGCUCGGCCUCGACCGACGACCAGCCCGAUGACCUGACCUACCGCUGGGAGGUGGUGCAGGCGCCGCUCGGCUAUCAGCAGCAGCUGGACAGCUCGGCCACCCUCCAGCUGGAGAACCUGACGCCCGGCAACUACACCAUACGGCUGACGGUGGAGGACAGCGACCACGCGACGGACUCGGCCGAGGCCCACAUCAGCGUGCUGCGCGAGAUCGACUACGCCCCACAGGCGAACGCCGGCGAGGACGUGAUCGUGUACCUGCCCAA